AUUUGUUCAUAAUUCUGGUCCCUUUCUUCGGCUUCGUUCACGAUACCCCUACCUUCGUUGUGAUAUCAGUUUUUUUUUUUUUUUUUCAGUUCUUUUGCUGUGUUAUAUUAUAUACCUCUACAUUUCUUACGCCUUGUUCUCCCGCCAUGACUUCCAGACUCGACCGCCUUGUCACAUUACUUGAGACAGGCAGCACGCCGCUCAUCCGCAAUACUGCGGCUCAACAGCUAGCCGACGUGCAGAAGCAGCAUCCGGAUGAGCUCUUCAACCUUCUGGGUCGCAUUCUGCCUUAUCUCCGCUCUAAGUCCUGGGACACCCGGACAGCCGCUGCCAAAGCUAUUGGCCUCAUCAUCACCAACGCAGACACCUUCGACCCCAACGAAGAAGAUGGUGACCACAUCAAACAGGCGGAUGACGAGGAUGCCGACAUCGAGAUCAAGUCGGAGGAGGGUCUGUCCGCUGCUUCCGCGGAUCUCCUUCAACUUGAGACCCUCGACCUUCCCGCCAUUCUGAAAUAUGGCAAGCGGCUGCUCGGAAGCGCAGGAAAGGAGUAUGAAUAUUCACUGGCCGCCAUGGAUCCAGCCGCUCGACUCCAACAUCAGAAGAAAACCCUGACAUCGCGGUUAGGACUUGCAGGAGAGUACAUUGAGGAGGAAUUGAUUGAUGAUAGCGAUCUCGCCUUGAAAACACCUGCAAUCAAAGAGGAAGUUCCCUACCACAGAGAUAGUAUCCACCACCUAUCCUCGACAGCCCCGCUUCCAUCACCUAUGGAACCGGCCAAUGGUGAGGAAGCUGGUCUCAGUAAGCGGCAAUUGAACCAGCUGAAGCGCAAGAACAAGCAGAGCGCAAAAAUGGGCGCGAACAAGGUCCGAGUCGUGGAUCUGUCGGCUCGGAGACCGUCGGAUAACGUCACCACUCCUUCUGCCACUCCGCAUCCGAUCAAGGCGGAAAACGGCGAGGAGCGUAAUGGUGAUUCGAAGCAGGACUAUUUUAAUCUCGAACGGUCGGCCGGCGGGGAUGAUGAUCAGAAGAUCGUUUCGGAGUUUAAAGGAUCGGUCGUUCCAGAAAAAUCUUACAUCCAACCUGAGAUUACCGACGAAGGUCCCAGCAAUGCCUGGCCGUAUGAUCCUAUGUGCGAGAUCCUCACGGUGGAUAUUUUCGAUCCCAAUUGGGAGGUGCGCCACGGUGCCGCAAUGGCACUUCGGGAGGUGAUCCGCGUCCAAGGCGCCGGAGCAGGACGUGUGCGAGGCAAGAGCAGGGCUGAAAACAAUGUCCUCAACCGCAAAUAUCUGGACGACCUCGCCUGCCGGCUCAUUUGUGUACUUAUGCUUGACCGCUUUGGUGACUACAUUUCCGACAAUGUCGUUGCGCCCAUUCGAGAGACUGUGGGCCAAACCCUCGGUGCGCUCUUAUCCCAGCUCCCGUCGCGUUCCGUGGUCGCCGUCUACAAUUGCCUGUACCGCAUCGUAAUGCAGACCGACCUCAACCUGGACCGCUCCAUCUGGGAGGUCUGUCACGGCGGUAUGAUUGGCCUCCGAUACUUGGUUGCGGUUCGCAAAGACAUUUUGGUGAAGGACCGCAAGCUCAUGGAUGGAGUCUUGGAGGCUGUGAUGAAGGGCUUGGGCGACUACGAUGACGAUGUGCGGGCUGUCAGCGCCGCAACCCUAGUCCCGAUGGCCGAGGAAUUCGUGGCUUCCCGACAAACCACGCUGGGUAGCCUGAUGACAAUUGUUUGGGACUGUUUGUCGAACCUACAAGAUGACCUGAGCGCCAGUACCGGCUCGGUCAUGGAUCUUCUGGCCAAGCUAUGCACGUUCCGUGAGGUUUUGGAUGCUAUGAAAGCGAAUGCCUCCAUAGAUUCCGAGUCCUCGUUUGGAAACCUGGUCCCCCGUCUCUACCCAUUCCUACGGCACACAAUCACCAGCGUCCGCUCAGCAGUUCUCCGCGCUCUAAUUACCUUCUUGCAACUCGAGGGCGAUGGUACUAAUGAGUGGGUGAACGGCAAGGCUCUGCGAUUGAUUUUUCAAAACUUAUUGGUGGAGCGCAACGAGGGUGUGCUCAAGCUCUCCCUUCAGGUGUGGUCGGAACUGCUCAGAGCUCUGGAGUCGCGCGGCUUGUUCAAGGCCGAAGCCGAUCUUCUGAGUCAUAUUCAACCAUUGAUCACCCUGACAAUGUCUCCGUUUGGUGUCCCUCGGUAUCCGAUUCCCAUGAAUGCCUCCCUCUUCAUUAAGCCAUCGGGCAUUGCGUUCCCAAUGAGCGCUUCUGCCCCCGCCAAAUCCUCCCCAAGUGCAGUCAGUGCCUCGUCUGAUGGACCCAAAAAGCGCGGACGCAAGGUAGAAAAGAAGGAAGCCCCUGCUAUGUCGGCUCACAAUGUGGACGGACACAUGCUUCAGGGUGAUAUCGACUUGGUAGGCGCUGACACUAUGUUGCGGUCCAAGAUAUAUGCAGCCAAGGCGCUGGGUCAACUUCUUUCUGUCUGGGAUAAGAGCGCACUCCCGAGUCUGUGGCAGUCCAUCGUGGAAGGCCUGAAACACAGUGCAUCUAUGUCUCAGCUCUCGUCUGCGAUGAUCAUCGAGGAGUAUGCCAGGAUUUCGGGCCCCAGCAGUAGUUACACAUCGAGUCUUUGCGAGUCUUUGCGUCCGAUCAUCGAAGGCGAGCGUCCGCUGUGGUACGGCGACAUCGCGUGCUACCUACAUGUUGCCCGCGCCCAGUGUCACUCGUUGCUUAAUGCCUUCCGCGACCAUGCCCAUGUUCCUAGCUCAAGACUUCCGACCCUUGCUGUUAUUGUUCAAGGAGACGCCGAGGCUGGCCCAAGUGCGUUCUCACUUGCCGAUGCCGAGAAGGUUAUUGGUCCAGAUUUCGACCGGUUGAAGAAAGGUCUGGCACCCGCCCAGCGCAUCACAGCUCUGCAGGUCCUAAAUGAUACGCGCGCGACUGCGGAGACUUCUGUCGAGGAAGCAAGAAAUGUUCGAGAGCAGAGGGAUCUGCGGGUGCGGGCGGCUGCGGCUGGUGCGUUGGUGGCUCUGCACGACAUCCCGAAGAAACCAAGUCAUAUCAUCAAGAGCAUGAUGGACAGCAUCAAGAAGGAGGAGAAUGCCGAACUUCAACAGCGUUCUGCUACCGCCGUUUCAAAUUUGGUGGAGUACUACACCACGGCCACCAAACGCGGCCCGGUCGACAAGGUCAUUGGAAACUUGGUCAAAUACUGCUGUGUGGAUACGUCUGAGACGCCAGAAUUCCACCACAACGCUUCGCUGGAGAAGUCUAUCCUCUCCUUACGCAAAGAGGAGGACCGGCGCGAUCAUCCUGAUGCAGCCAAGUGGGAGCAAGAGGCCAAGGAAGCGCGAAUCAUGCGCCGGGGUGCCAAGGAGGCUCUCGAGCAAUUGGCGGUCAAGUUCGGGCCUGAUCUCAUGGAGAAAGUGCCUAAUCUUGCAACGUUGGUCGAGCGACCGCUCAGAGACACGCUCACUGGAGAUCUUCCGGAGAACAUCCUUGACCCUAGCAAUGAAUUGGGCCAGGAAGUCGUUGAUGGGCUAUCCACAUUGCGCGCCUUGCUACCCAAGUUCGACCGCGGUCUUCACCCCUGGGUUGUCGGCCUCAUGCCUCUUAUCAUCAAGGCUCUUCAGUGCCGUCUAUCGGUUAUCCGGUACGCGGCUGCCAAGUGCUUUGCAACUAUCUGUAGUGUCAUCUCCGUGGAGGGUAUGACCAUGCUGGUAGAGAAGGUGCUGCCGACCAUCAACGACCCCUUGGACGUCCACCACCGCCAAGGAGCCGUGGAGUGUAUUUACCACCUGAUUCAUGUGAUGGAGGAUCGUAUUCUUCCAUACGUCAUCUUCCUGGUCGUACCUGUGCUCGGCCGGAUGAGCGAUUCCGAUAACGACGUGAGAUUGCUGGCGACGACGUCUUUUGCAACGCUUGUUAAGCUUGUUCCUUUGGAAGCUGGCAUUCCUGACCCGCCUGGACUCUCUGAGGAACUGCUCAAGGGCCGUGAUCGGGAGCGGAAGUUCAUGGCUCAAAUGUUGGAUUCCAAGAAGGUGGAGGAGUUUGCAUUGCCAGUGGCGAUCAAAGCGGAGCUCAGACCUUACCAACAAGAAGGUGUCAAUUGGCUUGCUUUUCUUAACCGGUACAAUCUCCACGGUAUUCUUUGUGACGACAUGGGUCUUGGAAAGACUCUUCAGACGAUCUGCAUUGUCGCAAGUGAUCAUCAUCUGCGAGCUGAUGAGUUUGCCAAGACUCAAGCGCCAGAGGUCCGGAAGCUUCCGUCUUUGAUCGUCUGCCCGCCCUCUCUUUCAGGUCAUUGGCAGCAAGAGGUCAAGCAGUACGCCCCGUUCCUGAACUGCGUGGCUUAUGUCGGGCCCCCGGCAGAGCGCGCCAGAUUGCAAGACAGUUUGAAAGAUGCGGAUAUUGUCGUAACAUCGUAUGAUAUCUGUCGCAAUGACAAUGAUGUUCUGCGUCCGAUCAGCUGGAACUACUGCGUGCUGGACGAGGGUCAUUUGAUCAAGAACCCUAAGGCUAAGGUGACCAUGGCCGUCAAGCGAAUUGCCAGCAACCACCGGUUGAUCCUUUCCGGUACGCCUAUCCAGAACAACGUACUGGAAUUGUGGUCCUUGUUCGACUUCUUGAUGCCAGGAUUCUUGGGUACAGAGAAGGUCUUCUUGGACCGCUUCGCCAAACCCAUUGCGGCCAGUCGGUUCAGCAAAUCGUCUUCCAAGGAACAAGAAGCUGGCGCUCUGGCGAUCGAGGCGUUGCACAAGCAGGUGCUUCCGUUCUUGCUCCGUCGUUUGAAGGAGGAGGUUCUCAAUGACUUGCCGCCGAAGAUCAUCCAGAACUACUACUGUGAUCCCAGUGAGCUGCAGAAGAAACUCUUCGAGGACUUCUCCAAGAAGGAGCAGAAGGAGCUUGCCGACAAGCUGGGAAGUUCCGAGAAGACCGACAAGGAGCAUAUCUUCCAAGCACUGCAGUACAUGCGUCGUCUCUGUAAUUCCCCGGCAUUGGUAGUGAAGGAAGGCCACAAGCAGUACAAUGAGGUCCAGCAGUACCUGACCACCAAGCACUCCAACAUCCGGGACGUGUCGCACGCCCCGAAGCUCAGCGCCCUGCGUGAUCUGCUUCUCGACUGCGGUAUCGGCGUUGACCCACCAACGGAGGGCGACCUGGGAACGGGAACAAGCUACGUGAGCCCGCAUCGAGCCCUGAUCUUCUGUCAGAUGAAAGAAAUGCUUGAUAUCGUGCAGAGUGAGGUUCUGCGUAAGCUUCUGCCUUCGGUCCAGUACCUCCGGCUGGAUGGUGGUGUCGAGGCAACCAAGCGUCAGGACAUCGUCAAUCGCUUCAACUCCGACCCGAGCUAUGACGUUCUGCUUUUGACCACCAGUGUCGGUGGUCUGGGUCUGAACCUGACGGGAGCGGACACGGUCAUCUUCGUGGAACACGACUGGAACCCGCAGAAGGAUAUCCAGGCCAUGGAUCGUGCCCACCGUAUUGGCCAGAAGAAGGUUGUCAAUGUCUACCGGUUGAUCACGCGGGGUACUUUGGAGGAGAAGAUCUUGAAUCUGCAACGCUUCAAGAUCGACGUGGCCUCGACGGUGGUCAACCAACAAAACGCCGGGCUGAACACGAUGGACACGGAUCAAUUACUGGACCUAUUCAACCUGGGCGAGACGGCGGAGAACGCCGAGAAACCCAGCGAACCAACCGGCAACGAGGUGGACAUGGUGGACAUCGACGGCGAAGUCAAAGAGAAGGGCAAGAAGGGCUGGCUGGACGAUCUGGGCGAGCUCUGGGACGACCGGCAAUACCAGGAAGAAUACAACCUGGACUCCUUCCUUGCCACGAUGAAGGGAUAAUCUGUACCGAGCAGACAUGCCCAAAUUGCACCACCACUAUAACAAAAGGGAUUCUGAAGCAGCAGAAGACCCAAUCACAGCACAUGGGCGGCGUUGAUACUUUUUUUUUCUUUUUCUUUUUUCCUUCUUCUUCUCCACACGGUGUUUAUUGAUCGAUUGGGGGCAAUGGG